GAAUACAAGAAAUGUUUACAUUUCCCCCAUUGUAUUCUUAUAGACAAUACACAGAACACGGGAAGUUUUUACAAAUUUUUACAUUUCCACUUCUGUCUUGUGUCCUAGUUCUGUGAACAAUGUACAAGAAAUGUUUACUACAUAAGUCUCCCCUUCUUUCCUUCCAGCUCUAUGGACAAUACACAAAAGAUCUCGGGGCUUUUGCCAAGUUUCAAGCUACCAAAGUCGGAGCCCCAGAUGUUGAACAGGCGGGCAAGAAGGAUGUUUUCCACUCCAAGUACUUCUUCAGGAUACGCCAGUUUUUGACCAAGUUCUGGCUGUAUGAUGAGCUGCAGUUCUCCAUGGGCCUCCAGUACUGUGCCUGGGUGCUCUACUCCAUGCUGUUCAUCCUGUUUGCCGUGGGAUUCACGCACCUCGUCUCUCCGCAGGCCAUAGGCUCAGGCAUCCCGGAGAUGAAAACAAUUCUCCGCGGCGUCGUGCUCAAGGAAUAUCUGACGUUCCGCACGCUGGUGGCCAAGAUUGUGGGGCUGUGUUCUUCUCUGGGCAGUACAUUGCCCUUUGGGAAGGAGGGCCCGUUUGUCCACAUCGCCAGUAUUGUGGCCACCAUCCUCAGCAAGGGAAUACGCUCCUUCCGCGGGAUUUACGAGGGUUGCGUGUGGAUUUGGCGGCGCGUUGUUCAUCCUCACCCACAGGAGUGUCAUCCUCUUCACCAGACGGCACAAGAAACUGUCUCAUUUCCUGCAGAAAAAUCGUUUCAUCUACCCAAGUAUCAUCACCUUUGUCAUCGCCUCCCUCACCUUUCCCCCCGGACUCGGUCAGUUUUUUGGCGGCAAGAUGACGGGUAAGAUGGCCAUCCACGAACUGUUCUCCAACAUCACAUGGACCACGGGCCAGGCGGAGGACAUCGACGACGAGGCCAUCCUGGAGCACUGGCGACAUCCGCAGACCAACAUCUACGUCACCCUCGUACUCUUCAUCAUCAUGAACUUCCUGAUGGCAGUUUUCUCCAACACGCUGCCCAUCCCCGCUGGUGUGUUUGUCCCCGUCUUCACCAUAGGAGCGGCGUUUGGCCGACUGGUGGGAGAGAGUAUGGCGGCCUGGUUCCCCGAGGGUAUCCCGUCGGGCGACAUAGUGCGGAAGAUUGUGCCAGGAGGAUACGCCGUGGUCGGAGCAGCGAGCCUAUCUGGCAGUGUGACUCGCACCAUCUCCACGGCCGUCAUCGUGUUUGAGGUGACGGGACAGAUAAGUCAUGUGCUUCCUGCCGUGAUCUCGGUCCUCAUCGCCAACGCAGUGGCCAACAUGCUCCAGCCCUCCUUCUACGACAGCAUCAUCAAACUGAAGAAGUUACCCUACCUGCCUGAUAUAGUCUCCGCAAAGUCCAAUUUGUUUGUUUGUUCGUGUACAGAGGAGAUGAACAAUUUCUACCGCAAGCUUGCACAGCAGAGGAAAGACAGCAUCAUCGAAGACCGACCUAUGACCUUGGACGUUCACUCCCUGUUCUCCCUGCUGGGUCUGAGCCACGCGUUUGUCACCAACACUGGGAGGCUGGUGGGAGUGGUGGGGCUCAAGGAGCUGCGAGUGGCCGUCCAAGGACAGAUAGAGCUCCAGGAGAACGGGAAGAAGACGGUCAGCGACCCGAGCGUGGGGCAGGAGGAGGAGGAGGGGAGGGAGGAGGAGUCCACGGCACCCAUCGACGAUGCCCGUCUAGAGGUGGUGAGGGAACCCGCGCCCAGCACUGUGUACCGGCUACACAGCAUCAACGCAGCUGACAGGAACAAGAACUCACAAGUCUAGGCGCGUCAUUUCGUCAGCUGCGUUGACACAGAACAUGCACAGGCUACAUAGCAUCAACGCAGGCAAUAGGAACAAGAACUCACAGGUCUAGGCGCAUCAUUUCAUCAGCUGCGUUAGCUGUGUUGACACGGAACACGUACAGUACUGUGUUUAAACUUCAUUGUGUCAACGCAGGUGACAGGAACAAAAGUACAAGAACUCACGAGUCUAGACACAUAUCGUUAGCUGCGUUAACACUGACCUGCAUCCAGUACUGUGUGUAAGCUUCAUUGUACCAACGCAGGCGAGAAAAACAAGAGACAUGAACUUGCGGGGUUUAGUUAUGUGGUUUCAUCAGCCAACCAGUAAUUAACGUGAUAAAUGUGACCUGCGAUGAAUUGAUCAUUAAUUAAAAACAAAACUGUCCCGUCUUGAAAAUCAAAAUCGAUAGUUUGUGGCCUAGCUGGAAGUAACAGAUCUAAUGUGUUAUCUCGUGAAAGGCCCCUGACUGACAUAAUGCUAUAGAUUUUGCUUUAAUUUAAGUUUCCUUUGAAGAGCUUGGAUGUUUCCAUCAAUUUUCCCCCCAAAUUUCUCCUGUGUGAAUGAGAUGCCUGGAUUCGCUUAAUCGUUCCCACGAAUCGGGGACACGAUUGCCCAUGUCUGACAUACCGGCUUAACAAGAAUUUAGAUUCACUCAAACAUACUCUUGCACAAGCACACUCUCACAUGCACGCACGCAGGCGCACACUGGCUGAUUGCUUGUGCACCUGCAGCCACAGUUUCUCUGUAGUCGGCGACAGCACAAGUCAGCCACAGCACAAAUCAGCCACAGCACAAGCGCAUGCUUUCAUAACUGGCUACACUGUAGGGUGUUUGUUCACUUGUACCCAGAAGAUUGGUCGUCAUUUCUUUCAUCUAUUUAUUUCGUCAGUCACCUUUUUCUCUUGAUCAUCUCACCACUCUGGAAAUCUUACUUUUUUUCUGGUCACUUUCUCUGAAAAAUCAUCGUUUCUUCUGGCCAAUUUACCUAAAAAUCAUCCUUUCCUCUGGUCAUUCUUUUCUCUGGUCAUUUUGCUGCCACCGUCCUUUUCUGUGGAAACCAUCUGAAGCUAUUCUCUGGUCAUUCUGCUUAAAAUCAUCCUUUUAUCUAUCUGGUCAUUUUUACUCGGAGUCAUCCUUUUAUUCUGCUUAUUUCACCAUCAGUGGUUCCAGCUUUUCUAUGACAAUCGUCUUUCUUACCACAUGAUUACCCUCUUCGGCCUCUGAUAAUUUCCUGACUCGCCUGUUUUUAAUCCUUUUCUCAUAAGCUCAUAGAAGUCAUUUUCUGAUCAGGGCAUUUCACCGAUAGUCAAGGUUUUUUCAAAUCUGGUCUCAUUGAGUGGACUGUCAAGACUGACCACUUUCAGUGGACUUUGGGGGGGAAUAACCAUCUGAUGCCUGAUUUCCUUUGCUUUAAAUAUUAUGUUUAUGGUGUUGUAUAUAUACGGUAAAAUGAAACUGUAAAUUUACAUUAAUUUAUUAGCUGUAUAUUAGUAUUAUAUAUUUGGAUGCAAUUUUACUUUUGCUGAGAUUCUCUGAUAUUUUUUAUGUGUGUGACAUUGGUGGUCUAGUGGUUAGGCUACUGGACUUACAGCCCUUAGGUUGUGGGUUCAAGUUCCAGUCGUGGCUCGAUAUUAAGGCCUUCGGAAAGACAAUGUCUUUGCACAAAGGCUUCUCACUUCACCCAGGUGAGAAUGCUUGAAUGGGUACCCGGCUAAAGACGGGGGGGGGGGAAGAAUCUUACCAUUUUCUGUCCCGGUCGUUUUAUGCAAGAAAAAUUCUGAAAUUAUGCAAACUGAGCCCAAAAAAGUGAAAUUAUGCUAUUCUGUUAAUUUUGACAAAGAAUGUAAAAGGAAAAUAA